UUUCCCUAACUGGUCAAAUACAAUUGAUCCACAGAAACGAUCAUGAGCGAAAAGAUAACGAUAAAAUAUCAAGAUAGUCUUAAUGAAGAUGAAAAUGAAGUUAUUCUAGUCCCUGAUAUUGCUGAUGUUACAUUAGUAAAUUCAACUGAUAAUGAGGAAUUAUGUAACCUAAAAAAUAGUGAUAGACAAGGUUCAGACGAUAGUUUAGAAUUAUUUACAAACACUUUAAACGUCUCUCCAGAUGAGAAUCGCGAAGAAGAAAUUAUUAUUAAAGUUCCUCAACCGUCUGAAUAUAAAAGGCAAGAAAGUUUUAGUUCUACAAUAGUAAUAGACUUAAAUGGUGAACAGCAAAAAGAAUCGAUAGAAGAUAAGGAUGCUAUUGAAGAUGAAGCGGAUUCCGGCUUCUCACCUUCUAGAAUUAGAGAUUCUAUAGAAUUAACUCAAACCAAAAUGACUAAUGAUGUGAUAAAUCUUACUGCUCCUGACCUGAAUGAUAGACCUAUUUCCGUAUUUACCCAAUCUGUUAAGAAUUUUGACAAUAUAAUAAACGAGUUUGAAGAUUACGAUUCACCGGUAGUUGAUACAGAGGAAGUUGUUCAUCAGGUUCAUUUUAAAGAAAAUAUGCUUAAAUUGAGUAAGAUUGAGGAAGCUGUAGAAGAAGAUAAUCAUAGCAUAGAUAAACAUGUUGAAAAUAUGAAAAGAAGUAUCAAGGAACUAGACGAAGUAUUUCAAACAACUACCAUACAGACAGAGCAAGAGAAAGAGGAAAAAGAUGAAAAAAAAGAAACUGUCGAAAAGGAAGAACCAUCGGACUAUAAAGUCACUUUUAGGCAAGAAUUAAAACAUGAAAACGUAAUUCUUUCAAGAAUUGAUGAAAGGCAGGAGACACCGUCAGUUCUCGAAAUUAAUGAUAAUAUAAAACAAGAAGAACAUCAGGAAAUAAAAAUACUUGAUGAGAAACAAUCGACUACUGAGGAUAGGAAAAAGAAGAAAGUUUCCUUUCUUAGAACACUCUGUUGCUUUUGAGAAUAUUGAUAAAAACCAAAGAGGAUUAUUAUUUAAUUUAACACAAUGAAGAUAUGCUAGAAAUUUUCUUUUCUUUUUCUUGAGUAGUAUCUGAAUGGAGAAUAUCUUAUUACUAUAUUUUCUUUAUUAAGUUUUAGAUAAAGACUAUAGAAAAAUACUGAAGAUAAACGCUUAAUCGGCUAAUUAGAAAAAUUUCUAUUUAAUUUAUUUAAUCAAUAAACUAUUAAAAGUUUUAAAUGAUCA